ACCAGCGUUAGUAUCGUCGUCCUUCGCCGUCAGUGGGAAACCGUUGCUCAAGUGGAACAGACCGGUAUCGAGUGUGAGCGUGUGUCCGACUAGAGUUGGCGAAGAAAAGGACGAAAUUUCGACGUCGUGGUCGUCGUCCUAAUCCGCAGCAGUGUAACCUAGCAAACAUUUCGUCAAAAUCAAGUUCAAUUUCGUCGCCGUAUCGUCGUCACAUUCGUAUCAGAGAUAGACAGAGACAGGCCCAGAUAGGAAAUUUGAACUCCAAGCUUCAGGCAGAGUGAAUCAUGAAGUGAAAUUCAAACACAAGUGUUUCGGUUUCGUUUCGUUUCAACAGUGAGAGGAUAUUCAUUCAGUUCGUGUUUUGGCUUGGUUUCGCCGUGGUGUUCCACGCGAUCGAGGGUGGAAAAAUUUAAUUAAAAAAAGUCCCAGGAAAAAAAAUUGUGAGUGAGUGAAAGCCAACCCAGAAAAGCUCGCCAUAUUUCUAUUCUGUGCGACCACGACCACGUGUUCAUUGAAGCGGAAAACUCGCCAACCAAAGCAAAGAAGGAAAAAACGAAGAAAAGGAAAAAAACAACCAUUUUUUCGCGCCAUUUCAUCACGUGGCGUGGCGUUCUUCUUCGCCGUUCUAACUUGCAUCCUUUUCGUGCGGAGCAAAAGAUCCACGUGGGAGUAAAAGGGACGACUUUCCCACGAGACGCGAACCCCCUCCCUCAAAGAACCAGUCAGUCAGUCAAGCUAGUCAGCUGGGCACAAUGUACCCUUAUUACGAAGCUGAAUGGAGCAUUCUGCCGCCGGAGCACAAUCGAAGAUAUAGCCCAGGGCUCACAAUCAACAAUAUCAAACAAGUGAUCAAUGAAACGAUAGAAACCAAUAUUCUAAGAAAGCCUUCGCCGACGCGCCUUCGCGAGCUCAUCCGCAAUAUUCGCGCCUCCCGAACCGCGGCCGAGGAGCGUGCCGUCGUCAACACCGAAUGUGCCUAUAUCCGGAGUACGUUUCGCGAGACGGACUGCAUCUGGAAAUGCCGAAACAUGGCCAAACUGCUCUACAUUCACAUGCUAGGCUACCCGGCCCACUUUGGCCAGAUGGAAGCGCUCAAGCUGGCCGCCAGCCCCAAGUACACGGACAAACGGAUCGGCUACCUCGGGGCGAUGCUGCUGCUGGACGAGCGGGCCGACAUACACGUGCUGCUUACGAAUUGUCUCAAAAAUGACCUCAACAGCUCGACGCAGUUCAUCGUGGGGACGGCGCUGUGUACGCUGGCCGCGAUCGCUUCGCCCGAGAUGGCGCACGAUUUGGCCCACGAGAUUGAGCGACUGAUCGCAUCCUCGAACACGUUCCUGCGCAAAAAAGCGAUCCUGUGUGCCUUCCGGAUGGUCCGCCGAGUGCCUGAGCUGAUGGACGAGUACAUGCCCAAGUGUGCGGCCUUCCUGAACGACAAAAACCACGGCAUUCUGGUGUCCACGAUCACGCUGGUGACGGAGAUGUGCGAGCAGAGUCCGGUCGUGCUGAACUACUUCAAGUCGUCGAUUCCGACGUUGGUGCGGAUGCUCAAGACGCUGAUCGUGAGCGGCUAUUCGCCGGAGCACGUGGUCAACGGCGUCAGCGAUCCGUUCCUGCAGGUCAAGAUCCUACGACUGUUGCGGAUCUUGGGCCACGGCGAUCCGGACCAGUCGGAGAUCAUGAACGACGUGCUGGCCCAGGUCGCGACCAACACCGAAACGAACAAAAACGCUGGCAACGCGAUUCUGUACGAAACCGUGCUCACGAUCAUGAACGUCGAGUCGGAAAACAGCUUGCGCGUCCUGGCCGUCAACAUCCUGGGACGGUUCCUGCUCAACAGCGACAAAAACAUCCGCUACGUGGGUCUGCUGACGCUGGUCCGAACCGUCCAGCGGGACAUGACGGCCGUCCAGCGCCACCGUAUCACAAUCCUCGAGUGCCUUACCGAUGCGGACAGCUCGAUCCAAAAGUGCGCCAUGGAACUCUCCUUCUCGCUGGUCAAUGCCCAAAGCAUCGAAAUGAUCGUGCGCGAACUGCUCAAAUAUCUGGCCACGGCCGACGCCGACAUGAAGAGCAUCUGCAGCAGCAAGAUCGUCAGUGCCGCCGAACUGUACUCCCCGUCCGUUCACUGGCAUCUGGACGUCCUUCUUAAAGUCCUAACCAUCACGGGCAACAACAUCCGGGACGACGUAAUUUCCUCCACGAUCCAGCUGAUUUCGAACGCACCCCGUGAAGAACAGAGCUUCAUCAGCGGCAAGAUGUGGGAAGCGAUCACCAACAUGAACCAGCUCGAGAACCGCCAGCCGCUGGUGCAGGUCGCCGUUUGGACGCUCGGCGAGUACGGCGAGGCGGGCCACUUCGAUGAGGACGAACUGAUCGAGCACUACCGGCAGCUGCUGUGGGCGCCCCAGCUGUCCAUCACCACCAAGCAGUACAUUUUGGUGUCGCUGGCGAAAAUCAGCGUGCGGAUGGAGCACUGCACGGCCAACAUCCAAAACAUCAUCAACACGUUCCGCGUGCACCUGAACGUGGACCUGCAGCAGCGCGCCGUCGAGUUCAGCACGCUCUUCACCAGCUACAGCCACCUGCGGGCCGCCCUGCUCGAGAAGAUGCCCACGCUCAAGAUCUCCGACAUGGCCAGCUCGGAGUACAACUCGGACUUUACCGCCUCCUCGGAGGACGCGCAACCGUCGAUGGCUUCGCCGAGUGCGGAGUCCACCAGCACCCCGCUGGAGGAUCGAUCGAAUCAAGACAUUCUGCUGGAUCUGCUGGGCGGUGACUCGUUCGGGAGUGGAUCAAAUACUAGUACGGCGACUACUCCCAGUCCGCUGCAGCAAUCGGCGCCGAACGCGGACUUUCUGGACCUGCUCGGGCUGGGUGUGAACGGGAAUACGAUUCCUUCGACGGUGGUCAGCAGCUCGGUUCCGGACGUUGGCGCCACCACAAUCACGGUCUUCAGCCGGGACAACAUCGACAUUCGGUUCUUCAUCCGGAAGGAGGCGGAUUACGCCGUGGUCACCGUCAAGACGACCAACAACUCGCUCAACAUGCUGGACAAGUACAUGUUUCAGGUGGCCGUCCCGAAGGCCUUCCGCAUCCGCAUGCAGGAACCGUCGAGCACGGUCAUGCUGCCGGGCGAGUCCAUCGUGCAGGACAUCCACGUGGAGCGGCUGAACGCGACCGUCACCGGCGUCGGGCUGCGCAUGAAGGUGCGCUUCUCGUACGAGAUCGGCAACUACUCGAUGAUGGAGCAGACCGACGUGAACGAGUUCCCGCCGGAUCUGUUCAUUUAGUGGACCGACGACGGUCACCUUAGGCUACACCACAGGUCAAGCAGAACCGCCGAUUGCUCAACAACUCUAGACGAGACUACACAACAACAACAGAUCAACAGAAACAACAACCCAGGGCACAAUAUUUGGAACGAUAGUCAAGACUUCUUCUUAGGGACACACAUUGCCGUCUCCAGGCUUACGGAUACUUUUAGAGAACCAGUGAAACAGGCUCAAUCAGUAGUACUUCUACAACUAAACGACACAGUUGUGAUUUUAGCAAAUGGAAAUAAAAUGAAGAUUUUUACUCGGUUACACAAAUAGCAGCAGCUACUAGCAGGCCAGCAGCGUUACAGCGUUUUAAAUAAAUACCAAUUUUCAAUCGU